AUGGCAUUAAAUCGAAAGUAUGCCGCAUUACCAGAUCUAGACUCUGCGCCUGAUAUUUAUGAGACUCCCGAGUUGACGGACGACAAUUCUACUGUUCCUACUACUGCAGGUCGUUCGCAGUCGGACAACGAAUUUGACGAAGAUGAUGACGACGAUAUCCACGAAAUCUCGCAUUCGCGACUCCGAAUAGAUCAAGCUCGGUCUCGAUUUCUACCUGCACAAGUUGACGCUCGAGAUGUGGAUUUCUCUGAUCGGCUGAACGGAAAGCGGAAAUCAUAUAAGACCUCCAGUCGAAGACAGCGAAUUCUCGAAGACGGUACUGAACAGAUCGGCGAUUUAAGUGACGAGGAGGGGGGUGAGGAUCUACAGAGAAAGAUCGCACGGCUAAAACGCGAGAUCGAGGAAGCUAAGGAAGAGUAUGGUAAACGGAAGUCCGAAUCGGCGGAGGCUAUACCAGACCAAGAUAUAGACCUCGUCUCACUAAGUCGGGCAUUGGAGGAGAUUUCGACUGUUCCAGAAAGAGCAAUAGCGACUAGAGAUCACCCAACAACGGCCACCAGCAAGCAAUCGAGGGGCGAGACUCAAAUAUCAGCCCAGUCACCAUUAGACGAGGCAACAUACACCGUCACCUACGCGCCGAGUUAUGAACAGAGCCACGCCCUCGCCAAAGCUGCUGACUUCGAUCGGCGAUUGGUAUUACUCGAGAAAGCUAUUGGUAUUACUUCCUCGGCUACGCCCGAACUAGAAGGCAGCGGCCUACGCCGGGCUAUCAUGCCUACCCUAGAAACGCUCCAGAACCAGAUUUUGACGUUAUCGGAAGCGUCUACUUCAUCCCUCGACAGCAUUAGUCGUCGGGUACGGACGUUAACUCAAGAAGCUGAGCAGUUGGAAAAGUCGAGGAAGGCGGCUAAGGUAGCACAAGAUUCUCUUGCCUCUACGGGUGGUUCUCCGAUUGAAGCAGAUGAUUCAGAACAAACAGCCAAGAUAAACGCUCUCUAUGGGACACUACCAACCAUCGAAAGCUUAGCGCCUCUUCUACCUCCACUGCUAGACAGACUCCGCUCACUGAGAGCUAUCCAUGCCGAUGCAGCGACAGCUAAUGAGACGCUCGAGCGUAUCGAAAGAUCGCAGAGCGAAAUGGCUGUCGACAUCAAGCAGUGGAGAGAAGGUCUAGAGAAGAUAGAAACAGUUAUGGGUGACGGAGGUGCAACUAUGACGGCCAAUAUGAAGGUGGUAGAAGGGUGGGUAAAAGAUCUAGAAGCCAAAGUGGCUGGGUUGUCUUGA